GGCGGCGGCGACGGCGACGGCGGCGGCGGUGGCGACGGCGGCGGCGAUGGUGGUGGUGACGGAGGCAGCUGUCACUUCCUCUACGUUUUUACGUCGCGCGCGCGGAUACACGCGCUCGCCGCCGCGCGCGCGGAACCGUGUACCCGGUGCCAGGCAGCGGCACGCGGAGCGAUCCUCGCGAUCCUGCUGCUGCUGGUCGUCCCGUCCCGGUACCGGUGGUGCGUCGUGUUUUAGGUGGUGCGUGUAGGCGGUGUGUGCGUACGCGAGCACGCGUGAUACACGCGUCGUCCGUCUCUCUCAACCGCUUACGUGCUCCUCGGCGUGCGAGAAAUAUACGGCGCGGAGGGUGAGACGCCGGUUGGGGGUAACAGUGCGAGAGGGGGACGGUGGAGAGAAGCGAGUGAGAAAGAGAGAGAGAGAGAGAGGGUUAGACUAGGGGGUGCGCGGAGCGCGGAAGAAACAAGAAGAAGGAGAGAGACAGAGGGAAACCCGAUGUGCUACAUGUGUCCGUGCUGAGUAUCUCGUGUCCCCAACCGUGCCGACGUACGAGGGUGCGCCUUGAGGAAGGGUGACCGGCUCCGCGGGAGAGGGGAGCGGGUGAGAGACGGACGGAGAGAAAGAUAGAAAAUUCUCGACGUCCCCUUCGUGCCGUUUUUCGGGGCGCUCGCUCGUUCGCUCUCUCUCGCUCGCCGUCAUCUACGCGGGACCACCGAUGCAGACCCUACGGAAAAAAAACAGCCCGUGCAAGUUCAAGAAUGACCCAACCCGCUUUCUUGGGGAGGGCGUGUCGUUCAAGGCGAAGCUGAUCGGUAUUCUGGAGGUGUCGGAAGCGCGCGGUGACCGGAUGUGCCAGGCGGCCUUGGCUGACCUGAAGAUGGCGAUUCGCGCCGCCGGUGAGCACAAGCAACGAAUCGCCGUCCAGGUCAGCAUAGACGGGCUUCGUUUGAGGGACGAAAAGACGGGGGACUGCCUGUAUCAUCAUCCGGUACAUAAAAUAUCAUUUAUCGCUCAAGAUAUGAGCGACUCGAGAGCCUUCGGAUAUAUUUUCGGGUCACCAGACACCGGGCAUCGAUUCUUUGGCAUUAAGACUGAUAAGGCGGCGAGUCAGGUGGUGAUAGCGAUGCGGGACCUGUUCCAAGUAGUGUUCGAGCUGAAGAAGAAGGAGAUCGAACUGGCGAAACAGCACAUAGAGCAGAACGCCAUUAAUGCGAUUAAAUUCCACACCGGCGGUAUUUUCGUUGAGUCGGCACCCGACACUAAGGGCGCAGCGGGCACCGAGUCAUCGUUUCAUCGAAUUCGCACGACUAACUGCGAGGUCGACAAAACUGCCGAUCGCAAGAACGAGACACAGAGCGGUGUGAUUGCGGAUUUGCUAGAUCUGCAGUUCGAACUGAACUCGCUGCAGCAGGGCAUUCAUCAGAUGGACAAAAUUACGCCGGAAAAUCCCGUACCGUCUACCGACGAUCUAUUCGAGACCGAUCCGUUCGGUGAUUCUUUCGCGAACAUGAAGCUGCAGGACACAGUUCGUCCGAUUCUGCCACCGCCACCUUCCUCAACAAAGAGGGGACAUUUAGAGCGACAGCAUACUGUACCGGCACCGCCCGCAUCGACCACUUCCAGUCCGGCGACGACGUUAGUUAGUAAAACGCCACCACCGCAGAGUACAAUUCACUGGUUCGACAAGGAGGCUGAGGACCUCUUCAAUGACAGCGAGAUAUCGAACCUGAGUAAGAAUGCAACGAAAAAGGGGGAUCAGGAAGAUAGUUCAGUGGAGACAACACCACGUAACAGUCAAACGAAGAGCCCGCAAAUCGAUGUGUUCACGGAGUUGGAUCCUCUGGGAACCGGUCUGAUCAAGCCUUACGUGGACAAGAAGGAUUUCUUCCAACACCUGAAGAACCCACCGAAAAAAGUCCUCAAGGAUCUGGUGUCCACGAAUUCCAGCGACAGUUUUCCGACUAACUUCAACAUUACGACCAGCUCGGAUUGCCCGGAAUCGACGAAAACGCAGACCGAGAGAUCGUCGAGAGACAGCGAGGACAGUAAUUUCGCCAAUUUCGAUCAAUUCGACGAGAACGAGGCAAGCCAAUCCUCUCAGCAGAGAAUCGAGUCGCCGCCGAAGAAAGAGACAGUCUCUCGAUCGAUACAUCAUCAGCCUCUCUCAGUGUCAUUACCACCGGAAGAGCCGACGUCAUCCAAAGGCACGACUAUCACUUCGGGAGGAAGCUCGAUCCUUCGCAGCAUGGAUAGAGACUCGACGGAAUCGACCCAGGGGCUGGUGAAGCUACCGAGUCCGAAGAAGUAUCUUCAAUCAGUACGGAAGAGGGACGUCGAUAUCGAUUUGCCAGCCGGAAAGGCGCAGUCCGUGGAAUCCAACAAACAGUUUCCGGUAGAUUUUUCGAUUCCGAGCGAAUCGCCGGCAUCGCCGUUACGGUCUUGCUCGUCGGACGCGAACUCACGUCUUUCUAGCUCGAGCGCGGAAUUGGAUUUAGUGCCGGAACCGCCGCCCAGAGGUGCAGGAAGUAUCCUCAUCAACCCGCCGCCUUUACCGCCAAAGAAGCAGGGGAUUCGAGGGGGCACCAGACCACCGCCCAGACCGCCACACACGGAGGGACAUUUCCAAUACGACUUCCCACCACGCGAGGCCUCGCCGUCACCCACCAAGAUUGCUAGGGAUAAAAACAAAAGCCCGCCGAGGAAUACGAAGGGUCAUCAGUUCGACGACAAUUUCAGCCCGACUCCGCAUAUAUCCGGCAGAUCGGAUUUCACGACCACUGCCUCCUUCGAGGACUCCUUCAGCUCGAUGAUAUCAUCUACGGCGUCAUUGCCAUCCGUGCCAUUUACCAGCAGCAGCAGCACCGUCCCGGUCGCGGACUCCAAAAGAACGAAACCCCCGCUCGACAUCACGCUCAGCCAGCUGACGUCGUCGUGGACGAAUCUAGAUGAGUUAGCCUCCAGUCUCGGCAUGACGAUCCAGGAACUGACGAGUCUAACUUUGACGCAGCUCACGCAAUGCUUGGCGACUCUAUCGACGAAGGAAACCGUUAUCGGCGAUGUGGAGGAAAAAACUACCAUUCCGCCAAUGACAACAACAUCGACGACGACGAAAGAGCAAACGGUUAUAUCGUCAAAACUUACCGUCUCGUCGCUGUCGUCGUUGGCGUCGAGGCCGUCCGAGACGACAAUCGGAUCGGAUUCAAUCUCAUCCGUAUGCUCGGAAACUUUCAAAACCAAUUACGAAUCGGAAACAAAACAGGAUCCUACGUACGACAAGUACGCAGUUUUUCGAGAAUUGCUGGAGAUGGAGCAGAUGGAACAGAAGGCGAAGAUCGAGGAGGCAACUGAGACGGAAGGAGCGCCUGAUGAAAGCAAACAAGAAUCCGACGCAGCGGAGAAUCAGUCGGAAAUUCAGAUCGGCGAGAGUAACUCGAAUUCUUUGGCUUCAUUGGUGAAUUUGACCGUCAAGCUACCGGUCAAGAGCGAAAAUUUGUUAAAAGAAGGAUCCACGACAAAGUCGAACGAAACGAUGAUUACCUCUUUCGCGAAUUUAACGACGGAGAGGGAAAAGUCAAGGGAAAUGGAGGAUAAAGAAGUCGAGAAAGAAAACGACGUGAUGGUGGAAGCAGAUGUCACAUCCGAUUCAUCCACGGUCCAGCAGACUGAGAUAGACAUUGAGGAUGAUACGGAGAAGACGCAGACUAUCAUGGAUGCGGAGGAGAAGGCGGAUAAUUCUGAGAGAGGGAGCGAUGCCAACGGCACCUCGUCCGACAAGAUUGGCUCUGACAUUCUCAACGAUGAGACGAAUGGCUCAUCCGUGGCCGAGAGAUCCUCGACGGAAGUGAAAUCCUCGAUCUCGACGUCGAGCGACAGAUACGCUGCCCUGCGAGAAAUCAUUGGCGAGCCGGAGCCGGUGCCGAUCAAGAAGGACGACGAGGAGAUGAUAAGCUCCGCCCGAGCGUCGCCAGUGGUGCAAUCUCAGCAACAGAUUCAGCAAUCGAAAAGUCUGGCUGAAGUGGAAUUGUUGAAUUUGUUCUCCGACAACCUGCCGCCACCAUCGAGCCCGAAUAUCUCGGCUAAAAAAGAUUCGGAGGAUUUGAAGGCCGUAGCGAUGGACAUCUUCGAGGAGAUCAAGAUGUUGAACACCGGCACGCUUCGCAGCAAGGAGACCAAACCACUGGCUUCGUCCUCGGGCUUUGAGGAUAUGUUUUGCCCAUUUGCGGAGACGUCGCGAUCGGACAAAGAUGACAGCAAAGAUGACAGCAAUUGGGCCAAGUUCGACACGGGUGUUUUCGGCUCGUCCGACAAGUCUUCGUGCGAGGGGCAGCGAUCGAUAGGCGGCACUUCACCAUGGUCACCGGACGGUAAAGAUUUCCACAGAGAGAUUCCGUUCAAGGGAGGCGGCGGUUACCGACACUCGGGAGACAGCGACAACGAAUGGAAGGACGAGGAGGAGAGCGAGGAGAGCAACGGCAGGAUACGAGGGGACGGCAGAUACUGGUCCAGUUUCCGGCAUCCGCGAUUCGAUGCGCCCAGUUUCGAGGACAGGUCGUUUUACGAGGAUGCCGACAAGCGGGAUCGCAGCUUUCGCGACAAGAUGGGCAGAAAAUCACGCGGUGCGCCGUGGGCCAAGAGUGGCAGCGUUCAUCGACCGCGCGAUCCUUCGCCCUGGCAUGAGGAAAGCCAAUGGGAGGAGGAGGGUCCGCGACGGUAUCCGCAUCGAAAAGUGCAGCCCUACAAGGACGAUGACGAUCAAUACGAGGCGCACUGGAAAUGCCGACCGAAGCCACUGCCGCCGCAACGGUGCAAUUGGAGCCACGACGUUCAUGGUCCGUACUACGACGAUGAGCGUAAGCGAAAACUGAUGCUGUGGAACGAGGAAGACCGUUUCGGCAGUAGCCAGGAGAGCAUGGGCUACGACGAGGAGGAUCGAUGGAGCAGAAGAAGAUACGAGAGAAGACGAUGGGAGGAAGAAAACAGAUUCUGGGGUAGAAGAGGACCCCCGGAUGCCGAUUAUUCUAUGAGAGAAGCGUACUACUAUUAUCGCGAUAACAGAGAGAGACCUCACGACUACCCGUCCUGGGAGGAGGAGUACGGCCCGGAACGUCCGGGCGACGACUCGCCUAGAUAUAACAUGGCAACUAGGAAGAGACAUUGGCCAAAGAGACCCAACAGCGCGAACGACGGCCGUAACAACGAUAUGAUUUACGCGGAUCCGCGCAAGUUCGGUGCCUCCAGAUCCGAAUGCAGCGACAACGAUUCCGAUCCCUAUCUACGGUCCUCCCAACGCUCCAGGAGCCGCGAGAGUUACUGGGGUAGCGAUCAGGAGUACGACAGCUGGGUGGAACGACCGUACUGGUCCGAGGGACCCGACUCCAAAAGUGAAACGAUGCACCGCAAGCGAAUAGCCAGGCACAAGACUCGACAGGUGCAGAAAACGCAGAGUCCAUUCGAAGACGAUUUCGCGCAGACCGUCGAGCAUCUGGAAGUGUCCGGUCCGAGCGGCGCGGUAGAGCCGCUAGCACCGGUAGACGCACGUAUACGACCGGAUGCGACUGAUCAGAAGCGGGAACCACCGCCCGCGAGUCCUUCAUCUGGCAUCAGAGGCCCCAAGGAUCAUCCCAGGCGAGAUAUCUCCGUGCGGGAAUAUAGUAAACGGUCAAGUUACUUCGAAGAUGAUCUUACGCCCACGGCGAGCGCAUCCAGCGACGCGUCCGAUCGACAGAGGUUGUCGUCCGAACUCAAAGCCACGCCGGAGGAGCUGCCGUGUGAUACCAAGGAUCCGCAGCAGCCCAGCGACGGCUUCGCCUCCGAGGAUAGCGGUCGCGAUUCCUUCUUCAACGGCGAUAUGAGGUUCGACGACGACGCCUUCGUCUUCAAGUCCGAGCUGGACGACAACGUGCCGGAACAUCGCGCUACGUUGCCGCUGAAGAAUUCCAGGCAGGGAAAAUACGGUCCGGGGAAUAACAAUAACAAUAACAAAACGGGUAGGGGUGAUCAGUACAUCCGGAAAUCGGAGUCGGUGAAUAUCUUCGCGAGGGAGAAUGACCCGUUCGAUGGCGACGACUUCUUCAACUGACCCGUCAGGCGAGCGACGACAGUAAGGGUCGUCAAAAUGCCGCGUUGAAUUCAGUGACGCUGAUGUGGACUAGAUAAUUGAGAACUUGGAUAAGUAAAAAAGAAAGGAAUAUAGGAGAGGAGAACAAAGGGACGGACGGUUUUCAUUGCACACUCGAAAAACGUCGGCGGAUCGUGAGAAACGGUGGGAUCCACGCUACAACGACACUUAGUUCUCCUCUAGUCGGAACUAGACUAUAGCAAUUUUAACGUAGCAAAAUUGAAGGAAGAACUUUGAAUGCGAAACAUAUCGAAAAAGAAAUUGUUGUCCGUAGCGAUUUUUGCCGCGCUUCUCUCGUGUCACGAAAUUCUUUUCAAAAUCGGCACUCGUCCGACCGAAACGGCGCAAUUCUUCGUUACGCGACUAGAAAGAUUUUCUGUUAUUUUAUUUUACAUUAAUUUACCGUACACAUGGCCCCGUACUUCUCCUCAUAGCUUUGAUUUGUUCAAACCAAAGAAGAUUGACUUUGAUCCGUCUUGAAGAAAAGGCUAAAAUACACUUGUCCAAAAGUUAAUAAUUUUUUAUCUUUUGUUUGGAAAUUCUGACAAAGGAAUUUCAAAACACAACUAUUCCACAAAGAAGCUAGUCAUUAUUCUAACUAAUCUGUAUAUAAUAUAUUGAUGUAUUAGAAUUGAUUUUUGUUGAGAGAGAGAGAGAGAGAGAGAGAGAGAGAGAGAGAAAGAGAUCGGCAUGAUUUGAUAUGUAUACCAAAAAAAAUUUUUUAUGUUCACGUAAAUAUAUUUAUUUUAACAUCAUUUUCUUGAUUUAAAAAAUAUUUCCUAAGUUUAAAAAGAAAUUAUUUUAUAUUAGCUAAUAUUUAUUUAAAUUGAGAAAACGGUGUUGAAAUAAUUGUUAAAAAUCGUUUGACGCAUUUAUUUAGAUAUUCAAUUAUGUAUUUAUUUAUUCGCCGCUUUGUUUCAUAAGUUUGUGAGUGCAGUUGAGCACUGUCUGCUUAACUGAAACAAGAUUCUAGUCACGUAUGCGUAACCGUUGCAUUUGGGAGCUUCGAAAAUGGAGAAACUGAUCGCGCGCGUUUUGGGGAGUAAUCAAAACAUGAUUUUUAUACAUUUUUAACUAGCACGAAUAAAUUACUUUGCAUUAGGCGUUCAUACGUCGUCGUCGAUGACGAGGAUUCUUCUGUAAGCUCCCCUCCGAUUUGCCGUUCGGUUACGCUGCUGGUAAAUUGCUCUCACGCGUGAGAGAUACGAAGGGCGGUAGAAUUAUGUUUACAGAGACGAGAUUAUUGCCUUAUGUUCGUCGUAUCUUUAAUGUUCUAGUGCGCGAAAUUGGCUCGGGUACGAAAAGACUGCGUAUUAUUUGCUGUACAUAAAGUUGAAUUGUGGAAAGGAAAGCACUGAAAAAUAUAAACUGAACUAUCCUAUCUUCUAACUUUUCAAUAUUACUAAUUAUUUUGUUGUAAGUGAAAUUACAUAUGACGUUCAGAGAAUAAUGUAAUUCCAAGUCACAUUUAACUAAACUUAAUAGUUGAUUAUAAAAUAUUUUUAUGAGAAGGUGACUCCCUUUGAAAAUUCCAAGCAGCAUCGUCCAACAUUUAUAUUUUGCAAUUUUAUCUGAUUUAUUAACACACAGAAGAUUAGUCUCUCUUAGAAGAUGGCUUAAAUUUACAUUAUUCUCCAUGCUAGAAAUUGCAUUUUCACGAAAGCAAGGAAGGCGUGUAAACAAAAGAAGGACAAAUAAGAAUUUUUUACUUCAAGCUAUAAAUAACGUGCGCCGCUGCAUUUUUUCUGUCUAAUCGGAUCUUACGUACAAGAGUUUAUCGAUUUACCGCAAAUCCUUCGCUAAUGUACUUGCAUGAUUUACAUUGACGAGUAUUUUUAUGCUAUAAACCACCGUAUUACAACGAUCACGCCGACAUUUUACACACUGUAUGUACUUAUGUAAUAAUAGUAGUAAAUUAUUUAUCACUCGUUUAAUGGUUACUCGACACUGUAUUGCGAGUAUGCGUCAGAAAUGAUAACGACAAUACCGCUUCAAUGGCAAUUCGAUUCCUUAACCCCCCUUUCCCCCGAAAAGAUUUGUUAAUACGGCUGAUAAUCAAUUAUACAUAAUCAUGCAAAUUUA